CCUCGCACUUGAGCCCGCCUUAGCUCCCGGAUAUGUGGUGGGUCAUCACCAAUGAGUUGGUUUCCUAGCUGACAGAUUGUGGUCGAACAAGACACAACGAGGUACUUAUGCUGUUGGAGCGUCCACACCGCGAGCGUGAGGCCCUGACGUAAUGAACAACGUUGGAUCAUCGGUCUUCUACGUAAUCGACGACGACAAGCGACUGGCUGUGUCUGACCGCACGGCUGGUACUACAGACGCUUUGGCGGACUCAACAGUUGACUCCACUAUGUCUACAAAGCCGGGACAAGUGCCUAAACGGCCCAUCCCGCUACCUAGAGGGGCAGUAAUUCCGAGCCAGUCUGGACCGUGUGAGGUAAUUGAGGGCGAGCCGACGAGGGUGGCCGUCUCUCCGAGGAAACCGUCGCAUUUGAAUGGCACUCGUGACGAGACGGGCGACGAUUGGAAGUAUAUGACGUUGCCGACGAAGGGCUCGCCGAAGGGGAAGCGUGCGAGGCGAGCAUCGGACGACACGAGUUUGAAUGGAAGGAACAAUGAACGGCACGUGGUGCGGACUAAACCGCCUCUACCGACGAAACCCGCAGUGUUAAGCACGGUGCGACCCGUUUCUCCACUUGUCAAAUGCGUGACUUCCCCUGUUUUGCCGUGUGAAAAGGCAGGAGAUAAACCGCUUUCAAUGGCUGAGAGUUCAAAGCGUCCUGUCCCGGAUAAACCACUGGGUCUUCCAGUUGGUAACAAGCCGGUGCUUCCACUGAAACCGACUCAUGUGAUGAAUGGAAAGGCUACUACGCCGGUGGGUAACGUGAAGCCUGAAGUAAAAAAUCUACCAUCGAUUGAACCGUUUUUGAGAAAGCCAAGAAGGAAGGAGAGGAUGGAAAGGAGUCAGAGUGUAACUUGUCAUCCUGAUGAUGUGGCUGUUGAUGUGGCUGCUGAUGCAGUGAGUCGACGGUUGUCCGGUGAGGAGUUUGCGUUUUCUCACAAGCCUGUUCCUGCACCGAGGUUGAACCAGAAGGCAGGAACGGUUCCUGAUUUGAGACAAGAGUGCGAAGCUCAAACUGCAUGUAAACGACGAAGAGAAACAGAGGGUGAUUCGCCCACGUCAGGUAGCUUGUAUCCUCUCGAGCGACCGGUUCCCCCUCCGAGAAAUCAAGAUUCAUCACAGAAAGUUCACAAUCUUGCCUUAAAGCUGUCUCUGUUGCCACUAGCCCAAGAGCCAGGCAAACUGUCAAUGCCUGAAAUGAAGAAUCACGUAAUGGUUCAAGGUCAGAAUGGUCUAAUGAAACAACAUGUCAAGUAUAGCUCUCAAGGCCACCUAAACAAUGAUCAACUCAGUCAAAGUGUAUCAGAUUCUCUAGUUAUGACGGACCCAAGCGCGAAACCAAACACGCCUACUCGUUCUACAACAUUCAGCGGGAGAGUGCCUUCGGUGCGCAAGCAGCACAAACCUGUAAAAAAGACUGAGUCGGCGGAUGUGCUUUCUCGUGCAGCGAGUAGUCCUGCAGAUAGUGGUGACGGGAGACGCAAGAAGCAUUCGCUUUUGGAGAAGUCUUCUGGGUUCUUUGGAGCUAAAACUAAAGGCGAAAAGAAAAUAUCGGCAUCGGCUGACAGUCGAGGAGGCUCCGACAGUUCUGAUAUUGACGAUGGCGUGUCACUGAAACCUUCACCCUCAUUGCGGCGACGUGUCAAUGCAGCAUUCGGUGCUUUCAAACGGAAAUUUGGUGGUGGAAAGAAGGAGACUGAAGUGGAAGAAGUGGAAGAGGAAAUGUGUGAAGAAGAUCCAGAUGAUGAGCUACUUCCGAAACUCAGUGUCAUUCCCAAGUUACGACACGUAUCAAUGAGUCUAAAAAGAGCGAGGUCUAAUAGUGGUGUCAGUGAUGGUGACGAAGACAAAGGACAGUUGUUUCAGUAUGUUCGUGUCGUUUCACUUGAACCAGAUGGCAAUUCAUCAAAGUUCAAGGCUGUCGUGACAUACCGAUUUCCUCCUGCGAUUGCAUCUCACAUGAGUAGGGAGGAGCAACAGACCUUAGAAUUGGUGCCAGCAUUUUGCUUUCCAGAUUUGGAUCAGUGGAAGCCGGUGACAAGCUAUAAAAGUGAGACCUAUUCAUUUGUUUUGACUGACAUUGAAGGAGAGAAGCGUUUCGGCUACUGUAGAAGACUACUGCCAUCUGGAAGUGGUCCUCGGUUACCAGAAGUUUAUUGCAUCAUCAGCCCUCACGGUUGCUUUGAAUUGUAUUCUAAGAUUCUUGAUGCUGUUGAGCAACGGCGAUCUCAUUCUGCGAGUGCAGUUUUCACUUUUCUCCAAGCAGUUAUUGCCAAUCCAUUUCCAUCUCCUGGGAGAGCUGUCAAAGUGAAGGCUUUGACAUUUGGGUCUGGAACAGAUGAAAUGGAAGAGUUAGUUCUCCGUCGACCGCUUGACUCAGAUCGUUUAGAACAUGUCAAGUUUGAAACUCUGUUUACAAAGCUUGGUGUCGCCAGAGUUUUGUCUCUCUUUGCAGCAAUGCUGAUGGAACGACAUAUAAUCUUCUCUGCAAGUAAACUGAGCACUUUAUCGGAAUGUGUUCAUGCUGCUGCUGCCCUUCUCUAUCCAUUCUCUUGGCAGCAUGUCUAUAUUCCCGUUUUGCCAAACAGUCUGAUGGAUUUUUGUUGUGCUCCGAGCCCGUACAUUAUGGGCGUUUUGAGUUCAUCACUUGGCAUGCUGGAGAUGGACAUGGUGGAGGCCGAUGUUUUGAUUGUAGAUUUUGAUAAAGGCAAGUUUGUUAAGCAGGUGGGAGACGAGGAUGAUAUUUUACCACCUAAACUUCGUAGUGCUCUCACAAUGGCUAUUGACUCAUCCAGUCAAUUCGCAGGGAGUGAUGUCAUUGUGGAGGCUUUUGUUCGCUUCUUUGUUGAAACAAUAGGUCAUUAUCACCAAUAUUUAGCGUCUAAUGAAUCAGAAGAAUUUCGAAUGGAUGCAUUUGUCAAAGCACCAAAGUCAAAAGGCAUUAAAAAGUUUCUUAGCUAUUUCAAGAAUACUCAAAUGCUGCAAACAUUCGUCGAUCAGCGAAUAGAUGCGCAGUUCCGAGAAGCACUCCAUAACAGUCUAUUUGAGAAACGGGUUAGAGAGUGCGGGGCAGAGACACUGAAGUUUGGCAAAGGAAAGAGUAAGGGUAUAGGCGGCAAGUUGAAAGGACUAUCACAUACCUCGUUCUCCAAGGUGAUUAGCAAAGCCAAGGAGGGAGGCGUUCGCAUAAAAAAGAGACUGCAAGGUGUCGACGUGGACGAACAGGGAAGUGAGGAUGAUUAGGAUAGAUGUAAUAGGUAGCGUAGUGGUCGACUGUUUACAGUAGUUGAGCUGGCUCUAGCUUCUGAUACACAGUCCAUAUUGUAUAUAAGACAAAUACUGUGGGUUGCUAUAUUUAUGUAGGAGUCGGACAAUAAUUUGAACUAGAUUGAUUUGAAUGAGG